AGCUAGAGGCGUGGUCAAACUAAGACCAAAAGUGGAAUGAAUUAGGCUGAGCUGACAGUAGACUUCGCUCCCUCUGCAUAAGCCCCUGCUCUGCAGCUCUCCGGAACAGAUUGUGACCAUGGAUCUGGAACACAAUCAGUCCACAGAUUACUAUUAUGAGGAAAAUGAAGUCAAUGGCACUCAGGAUUACAGUCAGUAUGAAAUACUCUGUGUCAAAGAGGAGGUCAGAAAUUUUGCCAAGGUAUUCCUGCCUGCCUUCUACGCAGUGGCUUUUAUUGCAGGAAUUGCAGGAAAUUCCACAGUGGUGGCUAUCUAUGCCUACUACAAGAAACAGAAAACCAAGACUGAUGUGUAUAUCAUGAAUCUGGCAGUGGCUGAUUUGCUUCUGCUCAUCACCUUGCCCUUUUGGGCAGCAAAUGCAGUGCACGGAUGGGUACUAGGGAUACCAAUGUGCAAACUUACUUCAGCCUUAUUCACCAUAAACUUUGUCUCUGGAAUGCAGUUUCUGGCCUGCAUCAGCGUAGACAGAUACUCUGCGAUAACUAAAGUCCCAGGUCAUCAAAGAGUUGGGAAACCAUGCUGGAUUAUCUGUGUCAGUGUCUGGCUCAUUGCAAUACUGCUGAGCAUACCUCAACUAGUUUUUAAUACAGUGAAUGACAAGAAGAGAUGCCUGCCUAUAUUUUCACACCACCUAGGAACAACAAUUAAGGCAUCAAUUCAGAUCCUGGAAAUUUGCAUAGGGUUUGUAUUACCCUUUCUCAUAAUGGCAGUUUGCUAUUCCCUGACUGCCAGGACACUCAUCAAGAUACCCAACAUAAAGAAAUCUCGGCCCCUCCAGGUUCUACUAGCGGUAGUGGUUGUUUUCAUUGUCACUCAGCUGCCAUACAACAUAGUCAAGUUCUGGCAAGCCAUCGACAUCAUCUAUUCAUUGAUUAUCGACUGUGAAAUGAGUAAGCGCAUGGAUGUGGCCAUACAAAUCACAAAAAGCUUGGCCCUUUUUCAUAGCUGUCUCAACCCAAUCCUAUAUGUUUUUAUGGGAUCCUCUUUUAAAAUGCACAUUACCAAAAUGGUGAAGAAAUAUGGCUACUGGAGGAGACAGAGACAAAAUCCAGAAGACAUUCCCUUUGAUUCCGAAGGUCAAGCGGAGCCAACAAAUACUUUUAGUAUCUAGCAGACAGACUGAUCUCUUUGUUUACUGGGGUGUAUGAUGCUGCUCAAUGUAUUUUAAUAUGGGAGAACACAUCUGUGUUUAUCAGAGACUCAAAUUUCAGUGUGGGACACUAAGACAUAUAUCUUGACAAGACAGUUUUGCAUCUUGUGGCAAAAACAUAGGAUAAAAAUACAAGCCAAGUUUCCCCUUGUGAUCUCAAAAAAAUCUAGCACUGCACUAAAUGAAUUAAAACAAUAAUAACAACUACCAGAGGAGGAAAGGAAGAAAUCCCUACAGAAAAUCCAGCAGAGACCUAGGAAAUGAAAAAGCAAAGAAAACUCCUAAAGCAAUAAAAGACACAGCAUAGGGAAUGCUAAGAGAAAUCUCUGAGGGUAGAGAAUAAUUCUAUAAUAACUAGAAUCACAGAAGAGGGGAUAUAACAUACAUAGCAACCCUAAGAAUUGUUGGAAGGCCUAGUAAAAGAAUCAAGGGAAGAGAUAAAGAGGGAAAUUAGAGCUCUCAAUGAAAAACUCAAAAUGAGAAUGGGUGGCUCAGAACAGAAGUCAGAAAACCUUGGCCAAGCAGGAGACACCCACAAAAAGAAUAGAGGAGACAGAGUUCAAAAAUUCAAAGAUGUAAUAUGGUUAUUACAGGAAAGUCAAAAGACAGCAACAGUGGAAAAACAUGUGAGAUCUCUUCAAUCAAAAGUAAAACUCUUACACAUGUACUCCAGAGAAGACAAGGGCACUGAUUAUGAAAUAAGGAGAGAAACCACGAUAUCUUCAUCUAGCCAUUGUAUCAAAAAGAUGGAUUUAUGCGCUACAGAAAAACGAACCAAACAAAAAAACCCUUGUGAAAAUAAAAAAAGUAAAUACUAAUUUAUCCAGCUACAAAAAUCAAGAGCAGCAGGUAGCACACUUACAGGUAAAAGCCCGAGGUCAGCAGAAAGGGGUACUGGGAAGAGUGCAGGCACUGAGGGGAAGCUAGCCAGAGGACCCAAGGGGAGGUGAGCACAGAACUGGGAAGUCUUCCAGCUCCCAUGUUCUCUGACAGCUCGAGCCUGGAAGACCUAGGGCAGUCAAUCAGGUCCAGUCCCACAGGACCAGAAGACCUCAGUGCUACAGUGAGUAAUCCACAGCUAGGGUGGUUAAGCACCUGAGCAGUCAGAAAAAGAGGCAAGCUUCCUAUGUGGAGGAUUAGUCCACAUUAUACUAGGCACUGAAAGUUUGUAGCUACAGCUACAAUACCAAUGUACAAACUGACAGCCUUGAAAAACUCAGCAUUCUGUACAAAGUGGAUGUAGGCGAACUGGGACCUGCCGGCAGGAGUGUUAGGGAGUCAGUGACAACACAAAUGAAGACCAGGCGGGGGGGGCCACCACUCUAUCCAAGUGUACAGGAGCAGUCAGAAUCUGGCCUUGACAAAAAGUCCUAAUUUAGGAAGGAAAAUGUGAAAUGAGAAUAAACAGAAAAAAACAUUUAUGACCAAAAAAAAAAAAGGCAUCCAAGGACUUUCACUGUAUGAGUCUAGAGGAAGAGACUAAGUUUACAAAGACUACAGGCAGAACCUCAGACAGAGGCAUAAAUUGCCCACAAGAUCUAUUAAAAUUUCUGGAAGGGAUGAAACAAGAAAUAAACAGAAUAUGUACAAAUUAAAUUAGAACUCUAGAGGAAGGAUUUGGAAGAAGCAUGAACAGUUUGGUACCGGAGAUAUGAAAUCUUACACAAGUAACAGACCCCUUGGAAAUGACUCUAAGAAAUAAAUGACUCCAGGAGAUAAGAAGAAAUAUUAAAACAAAGUGAAAAGAAUUUUAAAAAGAGGAAAAUAUAAGGUAUCUCCUAAUAAAAACAACUCACUUAGAAAACAGAUCACAGACAGUUAAUCUAACAAUUAGACUAACAACCAUGACAAAAAACAAAUAACAGCAGGAUAUUUUAUUCUAAGAAAUCAUAAAUGAAAAUGACCCCAGACCCAUUAGAACCAGUCACCUCUUAAAAGAAACCACCAAAGAAAACUCCCAGGAACAUUAUGGACCAAUCCAGAGCUUUCAGGCUAAAAGUAAAAAAUGCUAAGCACAGCCAGAAGGAAAAAGUGCAAAUACCAAGGAACCAUGAUCAGGAUCAUUCAAGACUUGGCAGCUACCAAAUAAAGGACAGAAAAACUCAGAAUACAUGCUAUUCCAAAAGGCAAAAGAUACAGACUUAAAAAGGACUUUUAAUGAAUUAGAGGACUUUCAAGCAUUCCUGAUAAAAAGACAAAAGCUGAAUAGAAUCUCUGAAAACACAGAAGUCAAGAGAAACUAAGGAAGGUAAAUAUACUGGGGCAAUUGGAAGGGAAUAUACAGUGAUAAAAUGCAUUAUAGAGGGAAGCGAUAACAAAUAUUUGCUUAGAAUCUUAAUGUCUAUAAAAAUAAAAGAAAUUAAAUAAGA